CCGUGGCAUUGUAACAAACAUAUUUGAGAUUAUAAACCGAAAGCGUUGUAACGUGGGAGGGGAAGCAAAGCAAAAGAAAAUGGGAAGCAAAGGAAAUUUCUUCUGGCUAUUGGCCACGUGCAUGUGUGUUAUCGUAGCGCAUCACGAAGCCGGUGCUGCAGAAAUGCGAGGCAAAGAGCUAAUAAAAAAUGUGUGCAAGACAAGGGGAAACGAUGAAUUGUGCAUGAAGGUGCUUUCGACGGAUCCAAGCAGCCCAGAAGCCACCCUAAAGGACCUGGCAAUAAUAACGCUGAAGGCCGCGGCGGAAAACGCCAGCGGCAUAUUAGUGGACGCGAAGAAGAUGAUCGAUGACCCGAACUUGGAACCGGCAAUACAACAGGGGCUGGCUGAUUGCAAGGAGAAUCUGUUGGAUGCAGAAAGUCAAAUUCAAGACACUAUUGCUUCCGUUUUGUCCGACGAUAAGAGAGAUGCCCUAUUGUGGAUGAAGGCAGCCCUGGCUGCAAUCGACACAUGAGACGAUUCCAUCCCCGGAGACGAUGACAUUCUCUCCAGAAGGAGUGUAAGCUUUCGCCAACUCUGCAACAUUGCCGUCGCCAUCAACAAGAGAAUGAUGGGCGUUCAAUCUUAGAUGCUACUUACCAUCUCUCAAUCCUAUGUUUCUGUCUUUUUGUC